GUGUUCCCCGAGUCACUGUGAACACGGAGGCAGCUGCAGCCAAUCAUGGAGCACCUUCCACUGUAACUGCUCGGCCACCGGCUACAGCGGCGCCACCUGUCACAGCUCGAUAUACGAGCAGUCCUGUGAGGCGUACAAACACAAAGGCAACACGUCGGGGUAUUACUUCAUCGAUGUGGACGGCAGCGGAGCCAUCAGACCACAGCGGAUUUACUGCAACAUGACGGAGGACAGGACGUGGACGGUGGUCCAGCACAACAACACAGAUCUGACCAGAGUCCGACCGGCGGCGGGAGACAAUCAGCACGCGGCGCACUUUGAGUACACGUCUGAGGAGGAGCAGCUGGCCGCCAUCAUCAGCCAAUCAGAGCACUGCGAACAGGAGCUGACCUAUCUCUGCAGGAGGUCACGCCUCCUCAACACAGCCGACGGCGCUCCGCUCAGCUGGUGGCUGGGCGGUCCAGGUGAAGGACAGGUGCAGAGGUUUUGGGGCGGAGCUGCACCCGGCAGCAGGCGGUGUUGGUGCGACCUGCAGGAGACGUGCGUGGACCCCAGACACCACUGCAACUGUGACGCCGACCGCGACCAGUGGGCGAACGACUCGGGCCUGCUGACCCAUAAGGAGAGCCUCCCCGUCAGGUCUCUGCUGCUGGCCGACGUCCACCGGCCGGGCUCGGAGAGCGCCUACAGAGUCGGACCUCUGCGUUGUCAUGGAGACAGAAACGUGUGGAACGCUGCGUUUUUCGACAAGGAGACAUCAUACCUCCACUUUCCCACGUUCCACGGGGAGCUCAGCGCAGACAUCUCCUUCCUGUUUAAGACCUUGUCGUCCUCCGGCGUUUUCCUGGAAAACUUGGGCAUCAAAGACUUCAUCCGGAUCGAGCUCAGCUCCUCCACAGAGGUCGUCUUCUCCUUCGACGUGGGGAACGGUCCGCUGGAAGUUCGCGUGAUGGCUGCCGUCCCGCUGAACGACAACAGGUG